CACACCGACGACGACGAUAGCUGGCAUCGCCCUCACCAUUUCCUUGCUUUUGCUUUCUGACUUUCAAAGCGACUUUUGACUCUGGCAGUGAUCCAGCGCACCGGCAGCAGCAUAUUGCAGUAGCACCAGUUGCUCUCCCACAUUCCUUUGAACAUUCCCAUUCCUUUUCAACCCUUUGCAGUCCUUAACUGUCUCGCUCGUGCUUGACGACCCUCAACCCCAUAUACAACCGAAACGUGCUCAUCGCCCACAAACACCCAUGAUGUCUGGCGUGGUCACGACCACCACGACCGCCACUCCGAUCGCCCCAGCUCAGGUCCAGGAGGCCCCGGCCCAGGCGCACGACUCCUCCCCCUCCCUAGUAUCAUUUCCUACGACUAUGACAGAAGACCCCUCCGAGACGGCGCCCUCCUCGCCCGAAUCCACCAACACGCUCGUCCCCACACCGACCCCCGACCCCUCCCUGCUCACCCCGUGCGCAGAGUCCGCAUCCACCACCUCCUCGCUCAAGUCAACGUCCACAUCCUACCCGUUCCCCGACGACGAAAAGCUGCACCCCGGGGCACGCGUGCGCGUGACGAGCAUCCGCUUCGCGCCGCUGCCCGCGACCGAGCCGUCCAAGAAGCGCGGUAACAUUGUUCCGCUGGGCGUGAACGCGCGCUCGAGGCGGCGGCGCGAGAACCAGGACGAUAGGGCGCCGAGUUUGUUUACACCCCCGCAGCAGCAGCAGCAGCAGAGGGUGUCGCUGUGGCAGAUCGACUUCGAGGACGAGGAGGACGAGGAUGAGGGUGAGGACGGCGAGCGUGGGGAGGAUCCGAUUGUGGUGUUUGGGAGGAUGCUUAAGGAGACGAGUGUGGGGCUGUGGAAGCGUGUGUCGCCGCGGCGGAAGGGUGAGCGGGUGCAGCAGCAGCUCCAGCUCGAGCAGGAGAAGGACGGCGGGAAGGACCAUGGGGCGGUGGUGGAUAUACGCCGUGCGGAGGACGAGGACGCGGCGCCGGAGAAGGAGGAGGGAGAGAAGGAUUUCGGUGUGGUCACGAUCACGGAGAGGGAGAGCAUGCCGGUGCUGCCUCUGCUCGAUGUCGGCAGCGAGAAGUCGCUAUCCGAGUCGGCGUCAGCAGCGGAGUCGGACGAACAAAGCUUGCAGGAAGAGGCGGCGAAGGACACCGACGAGCAACGACAACUCGAAGAAGACAAGGCGCGCCUCGAGCUCAAGCGCCGCCAGUCGUGUCCGGACGGUGGUUCACGUUCAAGCUCGCCUGAGCUUGGCUCCAAGCGUCGCAAAUCCUGGUCAGCCUCUUCUGGAGACGCACCUCCCAUCCCGAUCAUGCCUCUCCCGCCACUUCCGCCGCUCCCUGUGUUGACUUUUCCAGAUUUUUAGAUUUUCGUACCUACCUUUGCGUCCUCGAGCGCCAUACGUACGCGGUUUCGAUUACCUUUACCUCUUUAGUUCUUUGUCACUGCUACGCAUAACUUCAAGUAGCGGUGUGUACUUAGCUUGCCGGUCUAGCCUUGAUAUUUCCGUAUGAUCGCACCGUAAAGUGCGGUUACUUUUCUUUGGCGCAUCGCCCUUGUGCUUUUCUUAGCUGCACUUUUGUUUAUAGGGGUUUUUCUUGCCACUUUAUGCGGCCGUUGCCCGCCGCACCGCUGCUGUUGUCUGAGUCCGUUGCUAUACAUUGCCUUCAAUUCAAGUUGGCUCAAAUUAUCGG